AGCCCUGUUCACCUAGUGGAAUUGCCCUGGGCGGGGCUUUGGAGCAGAGGCGGGCGGGGACGCUGCAGCGGGCGAGGUCUUUAGAGUGCACAUGCUGCAUCCCCUGUGGCCUGAUCUUGGGCACAGGCUCCGGACUCCGUGCCGCCAGCGGAGAGUCUCCCAGCCAGCAGGUCACAUUUCAUUGCUCUGUGAAAGUCUCAGAAUUGUCUGGGAAUUCACUCUUGUCUGGGAAUUCACACAAGGUCAUUCCAAAAAGAUGAGGAUAUUUAAUGUCUGUAUAUUCAUAUCCUUCUGUCAUUUGCUGAACGCCUUUAGUAUCACAGUUCCCAAGGACCUGUAUGUAGUUGAGUAUGGCAGCAAUGUGACAAUUGAAUGCAGAUUCCCAGUAGAAAACCAGUUAGACCUGAGUUCAUUAGUUGUCUACUGGGGAAAGGAGAACGAGCAAAUUAUUCAAUUUGUGGAAGGGAAGGAAGACCCGAAGGUUCAGCACAGUAGCUACAGGCAGAGGGCCUGGCUGUUGAAAGACCAACUCUACCAGGGAAACGCUGCCCUUCAGAUCACAAAUGUGAAAUUGCAGGAUGCUGGGGUAUACUGCUGCAUGAUCAGCUAUGGUGGUGCAGACUACAAGCGGAUUACCUUGAAAGUCAAUGCCCCAUACCGCAAGAUCAGUCAAAGAAUUUCUAUGGAUGCGGUCACCUCUGAAUAUGAACUAACGUGUCAGGCUGAGGGAUACCCUGAGGCUGAAGUCAUCUGGACAAGCAGUGACCACCAAGUCCUGAGUGGCAAAACCACCACCACCAAAUCCCAGAGGGAAGAGAAGUUUUUCAAUGUGACCAGCACACUGAGAAUCAACACAACAGCGAAUGAGAUUUUCUACUGUACUUUUUGGAGAUUAAGUUUUGGAGAGAACAAUACAGCAGAGUUGGUCAUCCCAGAACCAGCUACAGUAUUUCCCCAAAAUCAAAGGACUCACUUUGUGAUGCUGGGAGCUGUCCUGUUGUUCCUUGGUGUGGUGCCAACAAUCCUGUUCUGCUUAAGAAAAGAUGUGAGAAUACCAGAUGUGGAAAAAUGUGGCAUCCAAGAUAUAAACUCAAGGAAGCAAAAUGAUACACAGUUUGAGGAAACAUAACCAGCAUUGAAAUGUAUGCUCUUCAAGCAGGGAUUCUCGACCUGUUUUCUGGGAGUUCACCAAUAAAGGGGCCCAUGAGAUGCUGAUGAUGUUGGACUUUAAAGGCCCAAGCACUGAAAAUGGGACUUGGGGAAAGAAGAGAAGAACAAAAAAAGACAGAGUAGAAAGGAGAGCUGGGAAGGAAACCUGGGUCCUUCAACAUAGCCAAGAGAUUGGUUGGUGCAUGUAAAAGAGACAGCACUUCUGAAUGGGGCAUCUCCAAGCAAACCAUCCAUCACUCACGCUAGGAGAGUGGGUUGAGCAUCCCUGAUUCGGUGGUUGUUCUUGCAGAAGUGUCCCUUGCCUUCACUUGCCUUCGGCACCUCUUAGUGUUGCAACAGUGUUUAAGUAUGAGUUGUUUCUAUUUAUUUUGAGUCUGUGGGGUUGUCUUGUGAGUGUGGUUAUGAAUGAUUUCUUUUGAAGACAUACAGUAGUAGGUGUUGAAAUUUUGUCACCAAUCUCAACUUACUACUUAACUGUGUUCAGUAAAACAUCUAGUGUUUGUGAGAUACUUGGUAUUUUCUGUAACUGGUGUUGACAAAUAGGAAGCGUAGAAAAUAAACCAUUGAUUUGUAUAGGAUUGUACCUUAUUUAACCCACUGAUAUUUUGUUCGACUUGAAUAAUCUUAUUCUCAGACCUCAGAGGUCUGUUGCAAUAUCUGUUCCAUUUAAAUAUCAACUUUGCAACUGUGUAGUACUGUACUAACAUGAUCUCAUUCAUCCCUGUUAACAUCCCUGUCAUUGUAACCAUUGUCAUACCGGUUUAAUAGCUGAGGAAGCAGAGAGAUUAAGUAACUUGUCCACAGCAGUAAAUAGCAACCUUCAGAUUUCCUCAAUUUACCUGCUGCCAUUUUAGAAUACAAUUUACAGCUCUAUUUUAAGAAUUUUGAUUAUUUAAAAAAAGUUUAAGUACCUUUGUGUGUUACAUGUGCUUUGCAUUGGGCCAGGCUCAUAUCUACAGAUAUGAGCAAGACAAAAUAUCAGUUGGAUAUACUUAAAAAUGAUAAUAAUCAAGGCAAUUUUAGUUUAUAGAAAGUCAGUAUUUUAAAGAACUGUGGAAAAUAACUCUGUAAUUCCUUUUCUAGCAUUAUAUUUACCCCUGCUAUGUCUUUGCCAUAUAAUCUGAUAUUUCUCUAUAUAGUGUCUGGUAUAGUUUAGCCCGUCCUUUUUUUUUUUUUUUUCAUUUAUGCUUAUUUUGUGUUUGCACAAAGUGAUGCCCAUGGGUUCCCAGAUUAGUGAGUCAAUCCAGAAUUGAAAGGCAGCCUUUUUUUCCUCUAUUGAACCCAGGACAUUGCAUGUGCUAGGCAAGCUCUCUACCUCUGAGCUGCACCCUCAGCCCGUUUUAUUUUGAGAUAGGGUCUUGCUAAGUUGCAGAGAAUGGCCUCCAUUUUUUGAUCCUCCUGCCUGUGCUACCUAAGUGGUUGGAAUUACAGGCAUGUGCCACUGCACCUAGCAACAGCUUUAUUAUUAACUCUGUAUGAUAGAGGCAUGUCAAAAACUUUUAAAAUAUGUUUUUAAAAAUACGUUUUCUUUCUUUUUUUUUUGGUACCACUGAGCCACAUCACCAGUCCUUUUUGUAUUUUAUUUUGAGACAGGGUCUGCUAAGUUACUCAGGGCCUCACUAAAUUGCUGAGGCUAACUUUGAACUUGCAAUCCUCCUGCCUCAGCCUCCCCAGCCACUGGGGUUACAGCAUGCACUAUCACACCCUUGAGUAUAAACUUCACCUUGAUGAUGCACUUGCAUAAUUACAUGUUAUUUCUGGAAAUUCCAGCAGUGUACCUUGACUGCUGGCUGCUCUGCACCCUCAUCUGCACUAAAAAGGGCCCAUUUCUCCACUUAAACCAUUGAAUGCCACCAGCUCUCAUCCCUACAUGGGCCUCAUAAGAUAUUGUUUUCCAGAGGAGCUGAGAUUCAGGUGACCUUUCAAAACUUUUCUUUCCCUCUUGACAAUUUAUUAGCAUCUUCUUUUUUUUGCCACAUGUCAAUACUGAAGAAACAGAAUCUCCUCAGAACCCCCUUUAUUAUCUGUUUGUACAUAUUUAUUUAUACAAUAAUUUGUGUGACAAUGUUCUUUGUUUGAUACAAGUAAAGACUGUGGCUGAGUAAGACAUUCAUUCAUUCCAAACAUUCACUCCAUUCCUAAGUCUCAACACCUCUUAGUGUUGGAUUUGUAAGCACUUUAACUAUUGUUUUGUGUUUCAUUGUAAAGUACAUAGGCAGAGAUGCUGUCUGAUUCUAUGUUUGAUUGUCACUGUUUAUACCUGCAUUAAUUUAAUAAAAUAUUCUUAUUUAUUUUGUU